GCAUCGCGAUCGAGUGCAGUGUAAAGACUGAGAGGGACUUCCGCAUCGGCGGCCACAGGCAAUGCUCAGAGAGGGACUGAGUGUGAGAGACCCAUAGCAGCGACUCACACGCGCUCUGGGAUCGGAUCUGAUGAAGAAGCCCAGGUGGAGAGGGCUGGAGGCUGUGCUGCCGGCCUGGCUCUGCCUGUCAGUGUUCGUGCUCUGGCUCCCCAUCGCCCCCUCCAACGGCGACCCCCACCCUGCGGUGACGUCCGGGCUGAGCCCUGAGAGCGAGGGGGAGGUGGGGCCGAGGCCGGGGACGGAGGCCGACGGGGGGACCCUGACGUGGGCCGUUCACUUGACCCUCUCCGAUCGCCCCGGUGACCGAGAGGCCCUGGACCGGCUGGCUGACAAGGUGGCCCGAGCGGCGAGGCUGGACAACCACGGGCAGAUCGGCGAGCUGGCCGGGCACUACCUCUUCGCUCUGCCGCUCCCCCAUCACCCCCUCCCUCGCCCCCCCAGGGACCUCGGGGGAGGGGAGGCGGACUCCGUCCGCAGCAGCAUCGAGAGCUCCCUGACGGAGCACGAGGGGGUGCGCUGGCACUCGGAGCAGAAGCUGCUGAAACGGUCCAAACGUGGGCUGCAGUUCAGCGAUCCCAAGUACCCGCUCCAGUGGCACUUACACAAUCGGAAGAGGGUGGGGAUGGACAUUAACGUGACGGGGGUGUGGGAACGCAACGUGACGGGCAGAAAUGUGACGGUGGUUGUUGUUGAUGAUGGGGUGGAGCACACCGUGCCAGAUAUCCAGGAAAACUACGCUCCCGAAGGAAGUUACGAUCUGAACUCAAACGACCCCGACCCCAUGCCCCACCCUGAUGAACACGGUGAUAACCAUCACGGCACUCGCUGUGCCGGGGAGAUCGCCGCUGCCCCCAACCACUUCUGCGCUGUGGGGGUUGCCUACGGCUGUCGAAUAGCGGGUAUCCGGGUGUUGGAUGGGCCCCUGACUGACAGUAUGGAGGCCAUCGCAUUUAACAAACAUUACCAGAUCAAUGACAUUUACAGCUGCAGCUGGGGUCCCGACGAUGAUGGCAAAACAGUGGACGGUCCCCAUCCCCUGGGGAAGGUGGCCCUGCAGCACGGGGUGAUGGCUGGGCGAAGGGGCUUUGGGAGCAUCUUCGUGGUCGCCAGCGGCAACGGAGGACAGUAUGAGGACAACUGUAACUACGACGGUUACGCCAACUCCAUCUACACCGUCACCAUCGGAGCUGUGGACGAAGAGGGGCGGAUGCCGUUCUACGCGGAGGAGUGCGCCUCCAUGUUAGCCGUCACUUUCAGCAGCGGGGACAAGAUGAUGAGGAGCAUCGUGACGUCAGACUGGGACAUGCGGGAGGGCACGGGCUGCACCGAGGGGCACACGGGCACCUCUGCUGCGGCCCCCCUGGCUGCGGGGAUGGUGGCGUUGAUGCUGCAGGUCCGUCCGUGUCUGACCUGGAGAGACGUCCAGCAUAUCAUUGUCUUCACAUCCACCAGGUUUGAUGACCGUAUCGCUGGAUGGCAGAUCAACGGAGCCGGGUUAAGCCACAGUCACAAGCACGGCUUCGGGCUGCUCAACGCGUGGCGGUUGGUCAAUGCCGCAAAGAUCUGGGAGUCUGUGCCUUACCUCACCUCGUACAGUAGCCCUGUUCAGAAGGAGGGAAAGGACAUUCCCCUACAUCCCAAAGUCUUGGAGGUUGUGUGGAAUGUAACCGCGGAGGACCUGAACUUGUCUGGAAUGAAGACUCUAGAACACGUAGCGGUGACCCUGACCAUCACCCACCCGGCUCGAGGCAAACUGGAGAUCAAACUCUUCUGUCCCAGUGGCAUGUCCUCCCUCAUCGGGGCCAAGCGUGUCGUGGACACUGACGCCUCAGGCUUUAAUGACUGGAUGUUUUCCACUGUGAGGUGCUGGGGUGAGAGAGCAGAAGGCAUCUAUAAGCUUACCGUCCAUGAUUCAGGCAAGGACUCACAACAGAAGAGGGGCUCCUUAAAGAAAAGCCAACUUGUCCUCUAUGGCUCUUCCUGGUCAUUUGAAGAUGUCCAGCAACGGAGAAGGCUGGUGGAGGGAGCGAUGAGCGGACAGUUCCUGAACGACAGCUUCUCACUGCCUUGUCCCUUGGGAUUGGAAAUCUCCGACCAGGAAUCGACUGUGAUGGCACCAAACACACUCAAGAUGUUGCUGUUACUGGGCUGCUUUGCUGUCUUCUGGUCGAUCUAUUACACUCUGGAGGUCAUCUACACCAGGAAAACGUUUGAGUUCAGCAUGUGGUGUAACAGGUACCCCUGUGAGCAGUACAGCUCCCUGCACAGUGAGGAGCUCAAUAAAUGCACGUCUGAACUCCAACCCCUGCAGGCCCCGACCUCUGGCCAGGACCCCGGGGAUCAGUGGCCUUUGACUGUCGACGGUGAUCACAGAGUCGGAGACCACAGACCUCUGAGGUGUCCGGCCACAACUGGAACUGACUCCGUCCACUUGACCUCGAGACAACCUGCGGAGAGAGUGGGCCCCACCCAAACCCCGGGGGUCACCGGCAACAUCCCGCGGGGGACGCUGCUCUUUGCCCUCGAGGACGAAACCACAUAACAUUGAGUCAACGGAGUGAACUCUCUCGGACGUCACUGGGAAGCGCAGAGGCUCUGACGGUCACUCGCCAGCACUUGGCCUCCAGAUCACAACACGGAGUCUCGCUGGGCACCCGUCAACCCCCCACCCCCACCGGGUGAGGAGGUUGGGGGGAAGAGAAGGUUGGGGCUGGGGGGGAGUCAUGUGGGUUUGUGUCUCUUAUACGACCAGUCCCUCUCCAAAUUCAGUCUCUUUUCCCUCAUGCCCCGCCCUCCCACGUUUUACCCCGCACCCCACCCCCAGCUCUGUCCUGCCCGCUCGCUCCGUCCCCACCACUCACCGGCCCCUGAGGUCUCAACGCAUCUCUCUUCACUUUCCCCCUGGUGUAACUAGAUGUGCGGUGUCGGGACUUUCUGCUUUAUCUCCGUCUCCCCUGUCUCCCCACCCCCACCACAGGGCGUAACUCUCUCUCCGACCGACCGCUGCCAAGGUUCUGCUCAGCUUAUUCACAUGGACAUUUGGCUGUUGACUCGUUCCCAGCUCCCAGACACGGUCAAUAUUGAGGUACAAUUACCUUUCACUCUCUCUCUCUCCCCCUCGCUUCCCCUCUCUCCUCUCUCUCCCUCUCUCGGGACAGUGCUGGACAGACUGGGUUGGAAUGUCCUUAGUUAGCUGCCCGGUGCGGGUCAGAAAUGGGAACCAAGUUUCAAGCCUUUGUGUUUACGAGUGGCUUGUGGCACAGGGGCCAAUCUCUCAUUGGGCAUCUCCCUCAGACCCCAGACCACAUCCAUCACCACAUCCUUUCUCCCCCACCCCCAGCCCUGCUGCAACCUUGACCGUAUCAUCGCUGGUUGAAGUUAGUUAACAGAAAGGGAUUUGAGGAUUCUCAGUGCGAGGCUGGAAAUGAGUUUCUGUGAAUUUAGCCAUGGGAAGAAAAUGGCCUGAAGGGAGACCGGAAACAUGGAGAAGAAGGGAAAAUAAGCGCUGUUAUUCAUACUCUCCUCACUUCCACGACUGAAGACUGUUCAAUUAAAUCUUCUUCAAUCGCUUCAGUUCAGAGGCCACCUAGUUAGUCAACAGGAUUCCCUAAGCUUCUCCUCAACCUCUCCGCUAGUGUCAAAACCAUUCCUGAAACAAACCUCAUCUCCAUAUUCUUGACCGAUCCACGACUAUUUGUGGGACGCUGUUGUGCGCAAUUAGAUGCCACGUUU